AUCAGAUCAACCGACGAAGUUUUCAAGAUGGUAGAGUGGGCCCCUCUUAAAAUUCCGCUGAAAAGGAGAGUUCAGACGUUUUUUGUGAUGUUCCAAGUUUAUAUGUUUCUCUUUGGACACAUCUUCGGAACUUGUCUUCUAUUGUUGUUACUGUUGAAUGCAUACACCCGUAUUUUUGCUGCGCUUUAUAUCGGCUGGGCCUUCAUCUUGAAUUCUCGAACUCCAAGUCGCGGGGGACGUUCCUUUCAGCUGGCAAGAAGGUGUAAGAUGUGGAAAUAUUACUGUGAUUACUUCCCAAUACGUCUGAUAAAAACGGCAGAAUUGGAUCCCACGGAAAACUAUAUUUUUGGCUAUCACCCACAUGGAAUUAUUGGUUUGGGAGCAUUGGGGAACUUCUGUGGGGAGGGAACCGGAUUCUCGGAAAAGUUCCCCGGGAUUUAUCCUCAUCUACUGACGCUCACAGUGAACUUCAAGUUCCCCUUUAGCAGAGAAUAUUGCAUGGCGAUGGGUGUGUGUUCCGUUGAUAAAGAUAGUAUUGAGUACAUUCUAACAAAGAUGGGUCCUGGUCAUUCUGCCGCCAUUGUAAUCGGAGGAGCAGCAGAGUCUUUGGAAGCUCGUCCAGGAAACUUUAAAUUAACCCUGAAAGAUAGGAAAGGUUUUGUCAAACUUGCAUUACGUAAUGGGUUAGUGUGACCGAUUCAAAACCAGGAUCAGAAUUUAUGGGUAAGAUCACUUGGAUCCAGACCUUCAGAUAAGGGGGUGGGCCGGUCAUCCAGACCCUGAGAUGAGGGAGGGAUGGGCGACUCGGUCUCAAAAAAAUGUUUUUUCCGCCCUUCAGGCCUCUCAGUUUGGUCCAAAAAUAAGGGGGGCCCCAGGCCCCUCCCCUAGAUCCGCCACUGCAUGGGGCUAGAAUGGGAUUUAACGCGGGUUCCUAAUUGACAGGGCUGUCAACCCCACACAUCUUCAAAUGUUGAGAAUUGAUGGGGAAGGGGCGAUAGAUGACAUCAUAAUGCAUGGCACAUGACGUCAUUUGUGUUAAAAAAAAAACGUGUGAAAAAGAUGUUCAUUGUUGGAAUCGUGACCUAAUUGGUUUACAUUAUUGCUUAUAUUACAAUGGCAUACCGGAGUUUGUGAGGAAACGUUCGAUGUUAAUACAGUCAACUCCCGUUAUAGCGGACACCCUCGGGACCGCGAUUUGGUGUCCGUAAUAGCGAGAGUCCGUAAUAGCGGGGUGCGAGAAAAUUUUUACUUUAAACCAUAUUUACAGAAAGGGGUCACAUGUGUGUUCAUUUUUAUUAACUCCAGUACCUUUUUCAGACCCGUUGUCGCAAGUAAAGAGCGUCAGAACUUUAUUUACAAACAGUACAGAACUUAACAGAACAGGAGUUACGUACCCUUUGUGUUCAGUAGUUCUUCUAAGUACGUAAAAAACAGUCAUCGUAUGUUGCAGAAAUGCCCACACAUGCAUCGUUUUGGUUUCCUACUGUACUGAAGUACAGUAAACUACAUCUCUAAAAAAAAUAUUUUCAAGGAAAAAAUUAUUUUCAAGGAAAAACCAGGCCUUAAAAGAGAAAAAGAUGAGGGAAUUUUGACUGAUGGACAGAAGAAGCGGAAAUCGACCAAAAAAGACAAAGACAGUCUCAAAAAGCAGAAAAAAUACACUUGAUAUGUGUGCAAAUAUUCCAAGAUGCUGCUCGGUGUCUGCUAUAACGAGAGAGAAAACAAUAAAAUUGUGACGUUGGGACCGAAUAAAGUGUCGGUAAGUCCGAAGUAGCGAGAGUCCGUAAUAGCGGGAUUUGAUUUCAGUCAAACAUCUGUAACUUUCCCCGGGGAUUUUGCUGCGGUCCGUAAUAGCGGGGUGUCCGUAAUAGCGAGGUGUCCGCAAGGGGGGAGUUGACUGUAGUAAAAUAGCUCAAAAAACACAAAACAUUUGAAAUUUCAUUGUCGAAUCUACAAGAAAUGGCAAACUUCGGCAACUUCAAUAAUAUUAUAGACCAGGAGAAACGGUUCAAAACCUGGAGUCUCCCAGAUUAUCCGGGAGAGUUGACAGCUCUGAAUUAUUGAUGCCCCCAUACCUGCCAAUAUCCGGAGUACAAAAAUCUGGAGGCAUCUAGAAAUCUUUCCAUUGUAAGAAUGUUAUUUUCGACAAUGUCUGACUACUCUCCGAAAAUCACCUGAACCCGAAGGCCUUCUGAAUGUUCUCAACGUUGAUAACAGCAUACAAAAACAGCACAAACUUUCUACCAUGUAUUGUGUAAUUUGAUUCGUUGAAUUCUAACCAAUUAUGAUACUCGUUAAACAUAUAUUAAAUUUAUCAAAUUGAUUACGCUAUUUUACGUUUUCCGAUCGAGAAGAGAGCAAAGAAGAGCACUAAAUACAUUUCUUGUUUUAUUUUCUUUUUUAACAUCUCAAAAAUAAUGAAAUAAAAUAAUUAAUUGGAAAAAGAUUUUGAAAAAGGCCACAGUAGGUAUUUCCUGGGAGAUUUGGUCCUCUAACCAGGUGCCUGGGAGAUUUGAUGAAAAACUUGAAGACUCCUCGAAAACUGGGAGAGUUGGCAGGUACGUGCCCUAUGCCAUGAUCCGAGUGAUCUUGGAUCUUGAAUCCUGAUCCAGAUCACUCUAAAGGAACACGCCCUUGAAGACUUUAUAUUUAUUGUUAUGUAUAAGGUGGACAAUUACCUGGUUUAGCUUUGCAUGGUUUGGUAUUGGGGAUGCAUGUUAAGGGAUAUUGGAAUUAUGUUAGAAUUGAGAUAGGGGGUAAAAUGACACAUUUUUUAGUAGGAGUAUCAUGGAGAAAAGAAUAAUUUGUUUCAAUUAUGUAAUGAAUGCAUUUUAUAACAAGACUAGAUGGUGAAAGUGAUGUCACCUUAUUUUUACUCUAGUUGCUCAUCUAGUUACCUACUUGUGUUGCCUGUGAACAAAAGAUUACUUCUGAUUAGCCCUUCUCUCCCCCCUCCAUAUAAGCCCCCCUCCAAAUAUAUUGAAGUGAAUGCCAUUUAUUAUGACAAUUUUAAGUGCAAAACAUGAUUCAUGAUUAGCACUGCUAUACAUUCUUUUAAAGCACUUUUCCUUUAUAUGCAGUGCUAAGUUCCCUUGGAUAUAAGCCUUCCUAAAACCCCUAAGGAAGACAGGGUGUGCAUAUAAGCAGCAGCUAACGUUGGACUGUUGGAAGGGGACAGAUGGCAAAUUGUCGUUGCUGGAAAUAUUGGCAUGUCCUAACUGUUUAUCAAAAAGAUGCUUACAUAUGUGCAAAUGUUCCAUUAAUUUUUUGGCUUCAUUAAAUCCUUAAUAUCAUAUUAAUGUAGAACAUUUUAGAAGGAGCCACCCACAAUGUGAGCACAAUGUAUAAGUGGCAUAGUUUCAGAUCAGCGAAUGCUAAUUACAUCACUUAGUUAUAUAACUGUGCAUUGGUCAUAUUUUCAGUGCAUCUUUAGUUCCUGUAUUUUCCUUUGGAGAAAAUGACUUAUAUGAUCAAGUGAGUAACCCCUCUGGCUCAGCACUGCGUCAUUGGCAAACAAAGGUAAAAGAACUGAUGGGAUUUGCACCUCCACUCUUCCAUGGCCGUGGAGUCUUCCAAUACACUUUUGGAUUGCUUCCAUAUAGAAGACCAAUUCACACUGUCUGUAAGUUAUGUUUAGCUGUUCCUUCUUCAUAAAAAUAUAAUGUUCGUCUUGUAGUAUAAACUCUUGCUAAUCACAUGAAAAAAGGUACAUUAAGCAUUGUUGCUAAUUAUUCCUUAUUUUACUCCUUAUAUAUGAUGUAACUGGUAUGACGAUAUUAAUUUUUAAUGAAUCACAUUGCAUCCAGUCUUUUAUCAUCAGAGCAUGCAGACAUUAGUUUGGGGGAUAAUGAUUGAAAUACUAUUGUUCAAGUAGUAUUUUAAAUACUAUUUUAAAAGCAUUACUCCACAUCCUAUUUUACACAUUCUUAGUCACUUUGACCACAGUGCGAUGUCUGAGAAAAAUGCAUGCCCAAAGUUCAGGUAAAAGCUGUUUUUCUCAAGCUGUACUGAUUGACUGGACAACUUUUAUUGUGUCUUAUAGAUGUCUGCUCUAUUGUAGAGUGCAAAUUAAAAAAAAAUUAAUUUAUAUAUAUAAUUUAGUUUGGUUUCAAACUGAAGCAUUCGUCUAUUUCUCAAUAUUUCUUUUUCUAGUUGGUGCACCCAUCAAUGUUAACAAAGUUAAGAGCCCUACAGCAGAGGAGGUGGAUAAACUUCAUUGUCAGUACAUCACAGCAUUACAAGAUUUGUUUGAUAAACACAAAAGAAAUUAUGGAAUUGAUGAAGACAAGUGUUUGAUCAUCUGUUGAUGGAAGGAAGCUUGUUGUACCAUAAUUGUUUAGAGCAAUAUUGAUCACUAUUUAAGAUUAACAGAAUUAACAUUUUUUUUUCUUGUUUUAGGACAGGGG